UCGAUAGCAGAGAUAACGAAACGACGAAACCCAAACGAAAUGGCGGCGUCUAAUCUCUAGGGCUAGAUCCGCCGAGAGGAAGUGAGCUCAGAAUAGAGAAGAAAUCACCGUUUCUAUGCAUCUCUGAGCUUCAAUUCCUGUUUUGUUUCUCAAAGGUGUCAGCUUUUGAAACAAAAGAAGAAAGCGGGAAUGAUCAAAGAAGAAGCUCCGAACGGCGUCGUUUCUGGAGACUGACGAUGAAGACGAAACGGUGAAACUGAAAUUCAAAUGGGUUUGUAAAUCGAGGAGAUGGCGGGAGCCUUGUUGACAGGAUGCUGUUAGGGUUUGUAAAUUGGUGGUUUCGAGUUUUCAAUUUUCUCAGUAACCAAACAGAGGUUAGUUUUUGCUGGGCUUAGAGAUGGACUUGGACAAUCCUGGACCAUGUGAUUCCUCAGUACUUACAGAGCAAGAUUUACAUGUCUCCUCUGCCAUUUGGGAUGGAGAGGACCGUGGAGUGUUAAAAUGUCAUGAGCACACCAAGGAACUUAAAAUGUGGAAGUUAACGGAAGCCCAAAUCAAGUUAGUAGAGAUGGCAGGAUUUAAGCACUUGAGUAUGAUUACAGAUAUGUCUAUAGAUGCACCCCUCAUAUCAGCCCUUGUAGAGAGGUGGAGAAGAGAAACAAACAGUUUUCAUAUGAGGGUGGGGGAGAUGACUAUUACCCUUGAAGAUGUUUUCUUGAUACUUGGAUUACCAAUUGAUGGUGAUCCAGUUAUAGGGGUUACAUCUCAUGCAUGCGAGUCAAUAUGCAGGAAGUUGUUGGGAAAUGUCCCAAGAUCCGAGCACAGAAGUGGCAGAAUGGUAAAGCUAAGCUGGUUAAGGGAGAGCUUCUCAAGGUGUCCUGAAGAUGCAUCUGAGGAACAGAUUAAGCGAUCCACCCGUGCUUACCUUCUAUAUCUUCUAGGUUGCACUAUAUUUUCCUCCAGCACAGGUAAUAAGGUACCAGUAAUGUACCUUCAAUUCUUUGAGAAUUUUGAUGAUACCAAAAGAUAUGCUUGGGGCGCAGCAGCAUUGGCAUACUUAUAUAGAGCCCUUGGAAAUGCCUCACUUAAUGGGCAAACCAGUAUUUGUGGGAGUAUUACACUACUUCAGUGUUGGAGUUAUGAGCAUCUAAAAGUUGGUCGACCAGCUCUUGAGAACUUUCAUAAGUCUGCUCAAGACUUUCCUCGAGCUCUAAAAUGGAGAAGGAAGCGAAAAGUUUAUUCAAAUAGCAAAAGUUUGUCUGUUUACCGUGAGGCACUGGACACUCUAGAAUUGUCUGACGUUACCUUUCUUCCAUAUAUAGAUAUGGAUAAUGCUCUUAUACAGGAAGAAAUGAGGAAACAGAUGACUAUAGGAAGGAGUUCCACCAUGCUGAUUUGUUUUGAUAAAGCUGAACGACACCUCCCAGACCGUUGCUUGCGUCAAUUUGGCAUGCAUCGAUCACCGCCUACACCAGUCAAGCAGUGGAAAAGGAAAUCACGUGAUACUUAUGAGAGUACAGAUUUGUCUAAGAAGAUGGCAUCUGAGUUAAGGGAAUGGAAGGGGCGUCGGAAUCAUAUUAUUAAGGAUGAUUUGGAUGGAGAUGAAAGCAGAUAUAUGGACUGGUACUUAAAUAUAACUCGUAAACUCAUAGGAAGGCCUUCUCCUCAACCCAACCCUGCAACUCAACAAGCACCACCUCCCUUAUGCAAUCCAACAUCUCAAAAGUUGUCUCCUCCAUCCACGACUACAACUCAACAAAGAUCAUCUCCUCUAUCCAGCUCAACAAUGCAAAUACUGCCUUCUCCUAUUCCCACUCUUACAACUCAACGCAGGCCAUCUCCUGUAGUCUGCUCAACAUCUGAACAGAUGCUAUCUCCUCUGCCCACCGCUGCAACCCAAACACUGUCUUCUAUUCCAACCCCCAUAAUUCAGCAAUCUUUAUCUCCUCUUGCUGCCCCUACAACACAACAAAUGCCAUCUCCACUUCCCACCCAUACAACUCAGCAAAUGGCAUCUGCCCCACUCACAUCAAUAACCCAUCCGGCCCCUCCAUCCAGCUCAACUACACAACAAAUAGCAUCUCCUCUACCAACCUUAGCAACUCAACAAGGGUCAUCUCCUCUACCCAGCACAGCUACUGAACGAAGUUUUAAUCCUAAUGAAUUGGAGUCAACUAAAAUUUCAUCUCUUCUCUCAUCUGAGAAUGCUAGAAUGUCUGCUGCAUUGCGGGAAAUAGCUCACAUUACAAAUGACCUUUCCACUGAAGGCUUUGAUUCCCAACAAUUGCAAUCACUUUUAAAGAUCAAGGAAUUGCUUCAUGUGGGUUAUGGUGAUGAGACAGAAGUGGGUGUGGAAGUAGAUCCUAGGAACAAAGAAGUGGUUAAUGAUGAUGGGGAUCCAGAUCAGACUUUGUUGUCACAAUUGCAUUAUUUGGCUACUGCUUGUGCAGAAUCUUCACAAAAUCCUGAACCCACUUUGGACGAAGACCCCUCACACAUGCUUGCAUCAACUGAAAAUUUGUCUCAACCACCUGUUCAAAUUCCUCUCACCUGGCCUGUCAAUGGCAUUUUAACCCUGGAUUGGAUGCAUGACGUUAUGUCUGCCUUUGAGUGGUCUUCAUGGAAUAUCUCUCCCUCAGAAUUCACUUCCAUCUUGCCAUCUUCUGUCUUUGAUAGCCUCCUUAACUCUGCAUCAAGGAUUCUGCAUAAGGAGCCAAAUUGUGUGAGGAUAGAUUGUUUUGAGGAGGAUUUAAGUGUGGUUAUCGUUGGUGAUAUUUGUGGGAAACUGCAUGAUCUCAUUUUCCUUCUGCAAGAUGCUGGUUUUCCUUCACAAAACCGAAUCUUUGUUUUCAAUGGAGAUUAUAUUGGUAUUGGAGGGUGGGGUCUUGAGACAUUUUUACUUCUAUUGGCUUGGAAGGUCCUUCUGCCACAUAGAGUAUAUUUACUUCGUGGAAAUCAUGAAACCAAGCUUUGCACAUCUGAGUGUGGGUUUGAGGAGGAGGUGAUGACGAAAUAUGGAGAUCAAGGGAAGCAUGUCUACCGUAGAUGCUUAGACUGCUUUUCAAAACUUCCUUUGGCCUCAACAAUAGCAGGGCGUGUUUAUACAACUCAUGGAGGUCUUUUUCGAAGCAGCAGUAUAUCCAUUGCUCCACUAAGAAAGUCCCAUAAAAUGAAAGAUUCAGAAGAGUCCAAUCAUGAUGUUGAGAUGCUGUCUCUGGGUUCUUUGGAAGAAUUAUCCAAAGCAAAGAGAACAAUUCUAGAUCCUCGAAGUUCAGGAACAAACUCAAUACUUUGUGAUGCAUUGUGGUCAGAUCCUUCAAUGGAGUGUGGCCUUAAACCAAAUUUACAGAGAGGCUGUGGCCUACUGUGGGGUCCUGAUUGCACUGAGACCUUCUUAAAGAAGUCAAAUUUAAAGUUGAUUAUCAGAUCGCAUGAAGGCCCUGAUGCAAGGGAGAAACGAGAAGAUCUUGGUAGAAUGGAUGAAGGGUAUUCCAUAGAUCAUGAAGUAGAAUCAGGGAAACUAGUCACUCUAUUCAGUGCUCCAGACUUUCCGCCGUCUCAGGUCACUUCUAGCUCAGGGGAAAGACUUAACAAUAAAGGGGCAUACAUUGUUCUAGGGCCUCCUACUUUCGAUGAUCCAGUUUUCCACACCUUCAAAGCUGUGACUCUAGGAGCCAAGCUGCAGAUUAGAAAAAAUGAAGAUAGUCAGGCAAAUGAGAGGAAGAAACAUAGAAAAUCUGAAGUGUGUCGAAAGAGAGAACAGGAAACAGAGAAGAGUGUUAAACGACAUCGUUAUCGCAGCUGAGCAUUAUCACUGCAGUGGCUGGAUCAUCGAGUCUACCAUGGACUUGGGUCAGGAUUCUGCUUGUAGAGGAGCUGAUUGAUGGUGUGUUUUGGCUGUUGCCUAUCUGGUACAUGGGUCAGGAUUCUGCUUGUAGAGGAGCUGAUUGAUGGUGUGUUUUGGCUGUUGCCUAUCUGGUACAAUGCUUUGUAUUUUUCCGUUAGUGUUGAAGAGUAUUUAUGUAAAGUUAGAGUUUGGUUAAUGAGUUUUGUGAGGAAUGAGGAAUGGCCAUGUGAAUAUUCGAGCUUAGUUACCUGAUGUGUUCUCCUUAUCCUCCCAAUUGUGUUAUUUAUUGUUCAUGUAACUCAUUAAGGCUAGUUGGCUAAGGUUUGAAGAUACCAGAAGCUAAGCUUACUGGUUUCUGGCAUUUCUGCA